CCACGGAUUCUGUUAAAAGAAGAAAAUCGUGUACUCCGGGUCUAGUGGGUCAAGUAACCUCCGGGACCGUACCGCGUGUUUCUACUUUUGCUUUCAGCCAGCCUGUUGCUUGCACAACUUCAAAUUCCAUAAGACCCUACUGCCAAGUAAACGUAACAAAUCUUUCUAUCAUUAAUGCUAACGUAGUACAAACCCAGUCAUCUAAUAUAUUUUCUCAAAACAAGAUGUAUGGUAACAGUGUGAACAGACCUGCCCAAGAAACGUUUCCUGGUGCUGUGAAUACAAGACCUUGGUUUUCUCCUCAAUUCCAUCCUACAUUUACUUGUCAGUCACAAUCCUCAAAGAAUAUUGGUACGAAUACUUGUUAUGCACAAACUCUUCCAAAGCUGGUUCAAUCUGAAGAUCUGACUUCCUCGUCAUUGGUGAUGCCAACGCCAGUUACCAAUCUGAACCAGUUUAACAGGCUUCCUCAAUUUUCGAAGGCCUUUUUACGGCCGAGUGUAUUUUGCAAAUCAGUGGAACAUCCUGUGUUAUCAUCUACUAUCGAGGGUACUCAUGAAAAGCCUAGAAUGGCUAAGGCCAUGGGAAACUUCAAUGUUACUUCGGAACGUGUAGCACAUCGAGUCGCACCUACGACAGCUACGUCUUCUUCACCGGAUCCAGAAUUUGCAUUAACUUCCAUCUUCAGUAUGAAUGAUCAGAGACGAGGUUUAACGAAAAGUACAUAUGCUGUAGGUGGCGCAGAAACUCGAGUUACACCAUCCAACUUGUUGACCACAAAGGAAUUCUUAUUGAAUGCGUCAAAAGUGAUAAGCGUGCAGAAUACGACUAACAAAGACGAAGGUGAAACGGGACUGGUUCAGAAAUUGCGAAGUCGAAACACUUUGCUAAAAUCCGGACUAUCUGAAGCCGGGGAUGUUAUAUCAGAACCUACUGACACAGCCGACACAGCAAAUCAGAUUUCGAUUGCUACCGCAAGCGAGAUCACAUUGCCAACUUCUGAAACAAACAACAUUGAAUCUACGGCGACCGAUGUUUACAGUAUUUCAUCACCGUCCGAUACACUACAAUUAACUGGAGAAGCCAUCAGCCGGCGAGGAAGGAAGAAGUUAUUGGAAAUAAUGACGGCAGAUGCAGAUUCAGAAUCUGGACACUUGUCGGGAGUUGUCAGCAAAUUAAAGUCCAGAGUAGAAGAGAAGGUUACUGACGCCAAACUAAAGCAGAAAAGAAAGGGUGUGAAGCAAAAAAGAAAAAAGUGAAAUGACGAACCAAAAAUAAAACACCAUAAAUAAAUUAUUUGGUACUUGACAGUAUUUAUGAUUUUGUGAUCGCCUAAUUGUGUUAUAUAAGAUAUUUCCUAUCGGAAUAUCAGCAUUUAUUGAUUUGAAAGCAUGUGAACAUCGUAAUUAGCUAUUGGCCCCAAUCUGUGUAUAAAGUAGCCUAUGUCGCUUAUAGAUUGUUCUACUUACGUGUGUUUAUAAUUUUGUUUUGAAGUGU